CAAGCGGCUAAGUUCAUAUUCUCCCUCAUCACCACCAACAGCUACAAUGGCACACCAGAACAUGUUGAACAUCGACCCGAGAAGCGGCUUCUGCUCCACUAACUCUAUCUUUUACAGCAAGAAGGAUCCCAUCUCCCUCCCUUCCAAUCCCAACAUUGACAUCACAACCUUCAUCUCUUCUCAGCCUCACUUCGGCACCACUGCCUUCAUCGACGCUUCCACCGGCCGCAGUCUCUCUUACUCGGAUCUCUGGCGCUCCGUCAAUGGCCUCUCCUCUUUCCUAUCCUCCGUCCAUGGUAUCUCUAAAGGCAACGUGGUCCUCAUCCUCUCUCCAAACUCCCUCUACGUCCCCAUCGUCUCCCUCGCCGUCAUGUCCCUCGGCGCCGUUCUGACCGCCACCAAUCCGCUGAACACCGCUCGCGAAAUUUCGGUCCAGAUCGCGGACUGCAGCCCAGUCCUUGCUUUCACUACCCGCUCCCUCCACGCGAAGCUCGCGGGACACGAACUCCCCAUCGUCUUCCUCGAAGAGAGCACGUUCGAGGAGAUGCCCGACACAAACAGCCACCAGCGUUCGCCGCCGCGCGAACCCAUGAGCCAAGACGACACGGCGAUGCUUCUCUACUCCUCCGGAACCACCGGCAAAAACAAAGGGGUAAUCUCCACGCACCGGAACUUGAUCGCCACCAUUCGGAUUCUACACGCGAGAUACCAACCCGAUGGAUUCCAGUUGAAAACGCUUAUCUGCACGGUGCCGAUGUUCCACAUAUACGGCAUGGUAGGAUAUGCGAUCGGGGUGCUGACAACGGGAUCGACGGUGGUGAUUUCCCCACGAUUUAACAUGGAGGAGAUGCUCCGAGCAGCGGCAGAUUACGGUGCAACAGAUAUUGCGACGGUCCCGCCGGUGUUGGUGUCGAUGGUGGGGUCGGAGAAGGUUUUAUCGUUGGGACGUUUGAAGAAGAUGACUUGCGCCGGCGCGCCGCUGGGGAGAGAGAUCGUGGAGCUGUUUCGGGAGAAGUUUCCGGAGGUGGAUAUAUUGCAGGCGUACGGACUCACCGAGGCGACGGGGAUGGGAUCGUCGAUUAUUACGGCGGAGGAGAGCAGGCGGUACGGGUCGGUGGGGUUGCUGGUGCCGAAUACGGAAGCGAGGAUUGUGGAUCCGGUGAGCGGGGAGUUCUUGCCGGUUAAUCGGAAGGGGGAGCUCUGGUUACGCGGGCCGUACGUGAUGAAAGGUUAUUUUAAGAACCCGGAGGCAACCGAAUUAACACUGGACAAGGAAGGUUGGCUGAGAACAGGAGACCUAUGUUACAUUGAUGAGAAUGGCUAUCUCUUUGUGGUUGAUCGCAUCAAAGAAUUGAUAAAGUACAAGGCAUACCAGGUGGCUCCUGCAGAGUUGGAAGCCUUGUUGCUAAAGCAUCCUGAGAUUGUUGAUGCGGCUGUGAUCCCGUUUCCAGACAAAAAGGUUGGGCAGUAUCCAAUGGGUUAUGUAGUGAGGAGCAAAGACAGCAAAUUAUCGGAGUCGAUGGUAAUAGAGUUCAUAAGAAAUCAAGUUGCGCCUUAUAAAAAACUUAGGCGCGUGGAUUUUGUGUCGGCAAUACCGAAGAGCUCGACAGGAAAGAUAUUACGUAAAGAUCUCAUACAACAUGCAACGUCCAUCUCCAGUCUCUAAACUA